AUGACCGACCCAAGCGUCUCCAAAAGCUUACCGGCCACUGUAACGACCUCUUCUGCCGACAGUCUCGGAGAUUCUGCCGCUGAAACCAUCCGAGAUGUAUCCGGAGACAUCAUCGAAGAUGGCUUGCGAAGGGGUCUCAAGGGCAGACAGUUUGUCAUCAUUGCUUUGGGAAGUAUCAUCGGACCGGGUUGUCUGUAUGGCCUGGGUUUGGGAUUCUCCGAGACAGGCCCAUUGGGUGUUCUGAUCGGGUUUGUGAUAACGGGUAUCUCGAUGUGGAUUCUCAUGCAGAGUGUGGGUGAAAUCGCGACGCUGUUUCCUGUUCACGGAGGCUUUGUUGAGCAUUGUGGCCGUUUCGUUGAUCCGGCACUCAGUUUCUCCAUGGCGUGGAUGUACUAUUUUAUGUGGAGCGUUUUUCUAGCUGCAGACUGGAAUAAUGCAGCAGUUAUUCUUCAAUAUUGGGUCCCUACCACAGCAGUUCCCAUCUGGGCAUGGUAUCUCAUAUUCUGGGCACUGUUCUCUACCAUCACGACAUUGGGUGUAGGCUUUUACGGUGAAGUUGAGUAUUUCUUUGGAAUGUUCAAAUUCAUCGCUUUGGCUGUCCUAUUCUUCAUAUCCAUCUUGUCUAACGUUGGAGCUUUUGGAAAUGGAUAUGUUGGGUUUCGGUACUGGGGAGAACCCUAUGGUCCUAUCAAAAACGGCAUUAAUGGCUUCGGCCAGGUAUUUGUCCUAGCAGCAGCCUUCUACGUUGGUACAGAGAUCGUGUCUGUCGCCGCCGGAGAGUCGAGAAACCCUCGCCGCGAUGUCCCUCGAGCAACAAACUCCAUCGUCUGGCGUAUUUUAUUCGUGUUCAUCGGUCUUGCCUUCUUUCAGGGACUCAUCUGCCCCUCUAACUCCCCAGACUUGCUUAGUGCUGAUUCCACCGUUGCUUCUUCUCCAUUUACCAUCGGUUUCGUCCUUGCAGGAUGGAAGUCUGCCGGCCAAUUCGUUAAUACUAUUAUCCUGAUCUGUUUCAUCUCUGCUGCAAACGGUGUAGUAUACAUUCAGUCUCGAACACUGUACUCGCUCGCACUGAAAAACAAAGCUCCCAAAUUUUUCGCAGCCACGACUUCCCGGGGUGUGCCAUACCGAGCAAUCCUCUUUUCCAACCUCUGGGGUUUUCUAUCUCUCAUGUCUCUCAGCACAUCUGCCGGCGAAGUUUUUGUUUACAUUACCGACUUCGGUGGUACAGCAGCAUACAUUGCCUGGGCCGCAAUCACAUUUACCCAGUUGCGUGUCAGAGCAGCCGCCAAACUGCAAGGCAUUGAUCGGAAGACAUUCCCUUUCGUCGCUCCUGGCAGAUCCUGGAUAUAUUGGGCAAAUUUUGUCUUCAACAUCUUCAUUCUGUUGAUUCAGGGUUUUACGGUAUUUGAAACACCAUUUAACUACAAGACUUUUAUCGCGUGUUACAUUAGUAUCCCGUUGUUCUUUGUCAUGUUUUUUGGGUACAAAUGGUGGUUCAAAACAAGAUGGGUCCGGUUGGAUGAGAUCAGCUUUGUAGACAGGAGGAUUUAUGACGAGAGCACUUUUGAGGUUGAUAAUCGAACUUGGGGCAGGAAGAUCUUGGAUUUUUUGAAGAAUUAG